AUGGGAGGCACCGUCUCUAAAUAUUUCUCCAAGUUAAUUUGGGGCAAGAAAGAUAUUCGAAUAUUGAUCCUGGGCCUUGAUAAUGCUGGCAAAACAACACUCUUGUACAGAUUGAAGAUUGGUGAAGUGGUGACAACGAUACCAACAAUCGGAUUCAACGUCGAAUCUGUACAAUAUGGGAAUCUAAACUUGGACGUCUGGGAUCUCGGUGGGCAGACGUCUAUACGACCAUACUGGCGGUCAUACUAUGCCAACACAGCAGCUGUCAUUUUCGUCAUCGACUCCACGGAUAUCGAAAGACUAGAGAUUGCUGCCGAUGAAUUGAGGUCUAUGUUAAACGAGGACGAGUUGAAAGACGCAGCUUUGUUAGUCUUUGCCAAUAAGCAGGAUCAGCCAGGAGCACAAGGCGCAGGCGAGAUCUCCGAGGCAUUGAAACUGGGCGAGCUGAGAGAUCGAAAUUGGAGCAUCGUUGCUUGCUCGGUGAUUGAUGGCAAAGGUAUCAAUGAGGGCAUGGACUGGCUUUCGUGA